CCGUGAUACUAACAGAGAUCUGUAACACCAGAGGGAGAGAGAGAGAGAGAGAGAGAGAGAGGACAGAUCACAGUUUAUAAUUGGAGAGUGAGAGGUUAGAAUGAAUGCAACAACUUUUGGAAUCUGGCAAUGAUGGAUUGGAACAAUACAACACUGGAUUUGAAUCUAAGAACAAGCGAUUGGAAUGUUACAACAACAGAUUGGAAUGGUUUGACAGUGGUUCAAAAUGUGACAACAGUCGAUGGGAAUGGUAAAACAUUGGGAAGGGGUUUCAUUGAGAUGUUGAAUUCUCUUUCUGCUGCUUUUGCUCGGAAGCCACUGAAAAUCCGCAUUCGAAUGAUCCUUCAGAUUUUGCAAUUCAUUUAUUAUCCGAUUCUCGCUAUUGCUGCAGUGCCUGCCAACGUAAUAACAAUUGUGAUCCUGUCUCAGGAAAAGUGUGGUCUCUCCCGAUGUGUCUCUCACUACCUCGUAGCCAUGGCAAUAGCAGAUCUCCUGGUCACUAUCUUUGACCUCAUAUUGCGACAUAUUCCAUUUGUCUAUUUGGAAGAGCAUCAUUUCUUAAAAGAUAUCCCUUUUCAGAAUUCAGUCAAGGGGGACAUUCUGGCUGCCUCAAAUGCCAAACUCACCCCUUCCUUAUCUGUGAGCACAGAAGGUGGCUCAGAGCUUGGGCGCCUGAGUUCUUCUCAGUUGUUGAUUCUCUGGAUGUUCCUGAAACAGUAUAACAACAGCAGCCAGAGCUUCCCUCCAGGGAUGGAGUGCAGUAAACUCACUGGUCCCUGCCACCUAAAACGGGAUUCCUCCACCUCCCAAAUCCCCAGCCGCACCCAGGAGCUUCCCCACAAUGUACCCGCUGCCAUUCGCCAUGAGGCCACUGUCGGAGAACCCACAGUCGAUUCCAGCUCAAUCUUCCGUAUCUAUAAUUCGCCAUAUAAACCGCACCAGACCCCUUGA